GUGGACAAAUCCGGACUCGAACCGGAGACCCCCCGCAGUCAGCCCAUGCUAAGCGGAUGUGAUAACCAGCUACACCAUAUGCCCUACAGAAAGAAUCCCCUUCACUACGUCGAUAGCGUUGAUAUGACCCAUCGGACUUAUUUCAUCGAUUUCAUGUUCGCGAUUCUUGAUCGACCUGAACGUCCACGAUGGCUGACACGAUGACGAUCAAACUCGUAUUCAGCGGUGGACUCGAGUUACUAUUUGGCAACGAGCGAAAUCAAUCAGUGCUCAUCCCACCACUUGUGCCAUCUGAUAAUUCCACGCACUCUUCUCCAUCCUCAUCUCCAUCUACUCCCUCGUCACACAACGAUAUUCCUUCUACGGGAGAGACGAAGGCAGCAGAUCUGGAGUACUUGAUUUAUCACCUUCGUGAUCAUUUACUCAAGGAGCGUCCGGAAUUGUUCAUGGAGAACGGGACGAUCCGCCCAGGGAUCCUUGUGCUGAUCAACAACACGGACUGGGAGCUUGAAGGGGAAGGUUCCUACCAACUUUGCAAUAACGAUGAGAUCGUUUUCAUCUCAACGUUACAUGGUGGAUAAAAUUCGUGUACCAUCGAGAGAACUGCGAGCUAUGUUGUUCAUGACAUCGGGUUGGGGAUAGAUAGAAUCCUCUUACGGCUGGACAUCCCACUAGCAAUGAUCGGUACGGGGUCCACUUCUAUAGAAGUGGACGAAACGCGUUGUUUCGCACCCCAGCUCACAAUAGUACGCACAUCGCCGC